CGAGCGCACACACCGCGGUGCAGUACCGAGAGCCCUGUGCUGGCUGUGGCUGGGUAUCCCCGGCUGCCUGCUUCUCUGGUUAUGUGCCAGGCAGGGUGCCCGUUCUAACAUCCCUCACCAUUCCUCCUGGGCAGGCAGCAGGAUCUUCAGCGAGACACCAUGCCGGGGAGCGACACAGGGAUAGCCGUGGACCGGACUUACUCGGAUCCUGAGAGGCACCAGAGGACCAAGACCAGGGUGGACAGGUCUGAUAUGAACACCCUCAGCUUGCCACUGAACAUCAGACGUGGAGGAUCUGACACCAACCUUAACUUCGAUAUACCUGAUGGCAUUCUAGACUUCCACAAAGUCAAGUUCUCUGCUGACAGUCUGAAGCAGAAAAUUCUGAAAGUCACAGAACAGAUCAAAAUUGAACAAAGUGCCCGUGAUGGCAAUGUGGCAGAAUACUUGAAACUGGUGAAUAGCGCUGAUAAACAACAGGCAAGUCGAAUCAAACAGGUGUUUGAAAAGAAGAACCAGAAAUCUGCUCAUUCUAUAGCGCAGCUGCAGAAAAAACUAGAACAGUACCAUAAAAAGUUAAAGGAGCUAGAGCAAAAUGGCCCUGCCACCAAAAGUACCAAGGAUGUUUCCAAAGAUAACCUGAAAGAUCUACAACACUCUUUAAAAGAUGUCACCAGCGGUUCUCGGGCUGCUGCACCAGUGGAAUCCUGUAAAGCGGGUAUGCCGGGGGUGUCCUUGACUCCGCCAAUGUUUGUAUUUAACAAGUCAAGGGAGUUUGCCAACCUCAUUAGAAAUAAGUUUGGAAGUGCCGAUAACAUUGCUCAGCUAAAGAAUUCUCUCGAUGACUUUCACCCAGAAAACAGUUCCAGAAAUCUCAGUGGUAGUGCCACAAUAGUGACCAAAGGCAAGUAUGUAAGCGAUGAUGAGUGUUCUAGCGGGACAUCUGGUUCAGCAGACAGCAAUGGAAACCAGCCGUUUGAUGCUGGGCGGACAAGUGCCAAUGACGGUCAGGAUCUUGCGGUCUUUCUGGAUGAGCUGAGAGAAAUACGAGAUGCUCAGUCUCAGCUGGCAGAAGACAUUCAGACAUUGAAAGUGCAGUUUAAAAGGGACUGUGCUAUUAUUUCACAGACAUUACAAGAUGAAAAAUACAGGUUUGAAAGGCUUGAAGACCAACUGAAUGAUCUGACUGACCUCCACCAGCAUGAGACCACCAACUUGAAGCAGGAUCUGGCGAGCAUUGAAGAAAAGGUUGCCUACCAGGCUUAUGAAAGAUCCAGGGAUAUUCAGGAGGCUUUGGAAUCCUGUCAGACUCGAGUAUCUAAAUUGGAGCUUCACCAGCAGGAGCAGCUAUCUGUACAGUCUGAAUCUGUGAACGCCAAAAUCCUCCUGGGGAAGUGCAUAAACAUACUCUUGGCCUUAAUCACUGUUGUCCUGGUGUGUGUGUCAACCAUUGCAAAGUUUACAGCUCCAAUGAUGAAGAGCCGUUUCCACAUUUUAUGCACUUUUUUUGCAGUGACAUUUUUUGCAAUUCUUUAUAAAAACUGGGAUCACAUAGGAUGUGCCCUUGAACGGAUCAUCCUACCGAGAUGAAUGCUCAUACUUGUGUGCACCAUUAUUUCCUUGCAUUACAAAUUGGCUAUGUGGACAUUUUUGCCAGUUUCCAAACAAUUUUACCAUUUGAUUUAUUUUUUAUUUUUUUCUUAAACUAAUUUUGGCAUGCGCACUUUCAAAUUUUGCCUUAAACGUUCAUAUCUGGAUUUCCUUUCUUAAAGUGACAGUUCCGGAAGGGGAAUCUGGUAUUGGGAAUGAGAAAAGUCUCCCCAACAUCUUCAUUAUCAAAGCUGUUGUCUGGAUGCACAUGGACUACCAAAGUUGUUUUUGGUGAUUUUCAUAAUUUAGAUCUCUGCGUCUUAUCAAACUCGAGAGUAAACCUAAUGGAGUUUUGUUGUACAUAUGAUUGCGUUCUUUUCAAAUGUGGUGUUUUAAAAGUUUGUGUUUAGCUGUUGAAUUGACACAGAGAGGAUUCCCAAAAACUAUACACUGUAAAAAAAAAAACAUCCAACUUAGGUUUUUGUCAGUAAUGUCAAUGAGUGGAUCUUAAGAAUUAGUUUUAGUUUUUUUUUUAGCAUUUAGUUUGAUUGCGUGAAGCAAAAUUAAGGUACCACAGAAAGGGUAAGGCUAUCUUUACGGAUUUGAGACACUUUGGCUUAAAUCUCAGUAAUAUGUGACUGUGCGCCAUCAUAUGGCACGCAGGUCUUCUUGACGACAUUCUUCACAGUUCUACCCAUCUGUUGCCUGCAGGCCGCACACUUGCACCAGAACUGCUGUAAGGGUAUAUUCACACAUGGCAGAUUCAGAAUGACUUGUAUGAAAGUCAUUUUCAGUUGCAGUAAUUUCAGCCACAUAUCUACCAUGCAUGAAUAGUAUGAAUGGUCAGCAUCACAGAAAUUCAUGCAUUUUUCUGUUGCUACACUGCUAAGCAUCUUGUGGUCAUCAUCUCUUAGUGUUAGACUGCUGCACAUAACACACAGAUCGGUAGUAAUUUAUUAGGAAAUGCAUGAAUGUUCACAGAGUCAAUGAUACUGUAACUGGACAAACUACGUAGUGACAUCUAAGAAAAUUAUACCGCAAGCAGAUAUGGUAGUUCUGUGGUGUAUAUGGCCUGCCCGCAGUGCUAACCCUCAUUUAUAGCAGGUUUGACAUAUAUUCACGAGUAUUCCUCUCCUUUCUAGUACUUCCCUCAUCUUUUCUAUUAUGGGUAGCACACAUGCAAAAUGUUUCAUCUAAGACACUGCAAUCACAGAUAUUGAUCACUGUAGGAAACAAAAAUUCACUACCAUUUUCCAUACUGCCUUGGAAGUGCCUGAGAAAAAUAAUUAGAUUAGGUGGUAAAGGGGAUGGCCCAUCACUAUGAUAUGCCAUCAAUGUCAGAUUGGUGUGGGUCCCACUCCUAUCUCUAGAAUGGUGCCCCUGAAGUGAAUGAGAGCAGACUACGCAUGUGGGUCGUGCUUUCCAUUCAUUUCUAUGGGUGCUUGUCCAUUUUCGGUGGGAGAGUGCCUACUCUGUGUUCACUUUGGGGGCCCGGUUCUGGACAUAGGAGCAGAUACUAGAUAUGGACCCACACCUUAUACCAUCAGUGUCCCUGAUGGGCCAACAACUUUUAGAGCAGCAAGUUAAACACAAUUUUAUGAAUCUGGAUUUCUAUUAAUUGUCUUCUCCAAUGUUAAUAGACACAAAGGGUAAGUGGGUGGCCAAGACUCAAAUCUCAUACUUGUUGGUACCAGUGGUAUUGGACAUGAUUGAGUAGCAAUUGUGGUCACUGUGGUUAUUGUUUGUGAUGGGGUAACAUCGCAAUGUUGCAUGUGCUUAUGACUAGGGCCUCUUUCACACGGGCUUUCCUGAUUUGCUUCGGAUGCAUUGCAGUGAAAACUGUGUGAGUAGGCACGCAAAUGCAGUCAGUUUUUACUGUGAUUGCGUUCCGAUGUUCUGUUUUUUCUGUGCAAGUGCAAUGCGUUUUGCAUGUGCGUGAGAAAAAACUGAAUGUGGUACCCAGACCCAAACCCGGACUUAUUCACUGAAGUUCGGGUUUGGGUUAGGUGUUCUAUUCAUUUUAUUAUUUUCCCUUAUAACAUUGCGCCUGCGUGAAAGGGCCUAAGUAUUAAUGCAUUUACUUAGAGGUUGGUCCAUCUUACACAUUGGUGGCAUAUCACUAGGAUAUGCUACCAAUGUCAGAUAGGUACACCUGCCUCUAGAAAGGCACACCCAAAGCGAGGGAGAGUGCAUGCACAGCAUGUUCUCUAUUCACUUCUGUGGGUGCUCUGAAAAAGCAGAGAGAGCUGGCUAGGAUAUUUCCUGAACUUCCAUAGAAUUGAAUGGAGAGCAUAAGUACAGUCACCUGUCAUAUCAGCUAUAUGGGAGUUCCCAUACAGAAGCACCUUCACAUUGGGGACCCCAUUCUAGAGAUGGGUGUGGGUCUCACCUCUGGGACAUGCACCUAUCUGAAGUUGUUGACAUAUCCUAACGAUAUGCCACCAAUGUGUAAGAUGGUCGCACGGCCAAAGAACGAGCAAAAACGCGAUAUGACCACACUGUGCGAGUACACACUAAUUUUCCAUAUCGGCCAUGUUUACACAAAGGAUUUGCACUGCUGCAGCUUGACCUCUUCAUACUCAACUUGAGGAUUUGCAUUACAUUAGACUUUCACAAUUUUUUUUUUUUGGGAAGUCACUAAUUGCACAUUUCUAAACUGUGAACAGAGCAAUUUCAUUCUGCAGUAACUUUUAUGCAUAUUGCUUACUUUUAAAGUAAGAAAGUGUAUUUUCUAUAUUCUGUAUUUUGAUACACUUUAUAGCGAGAUAAUUUAUCCGUUUAUUCUGGCUUGGUGCAAUGGAUCCUAGAAAAAGACCAUUUAAAAGGACCAAAUUGGCCAAGGGUUAAAAAUGUCCCCACUUUAUACAAAUGAUUUUUGCACCCUUUGUAACAGCUCAGUCUUAUGUUACAGAACUUAGCUUUUUAUACAGUUUAUCCAAGUCUUACAUAUGCUGACUACUCUCUGCCUCUCCCUCUUUGGCUGGAGAGAUGUUGUAGUCUUGUGAAUGGUAAUAUCCCCAUUUACAAGCACGUAUGGGUAUACAGGGUUUGUAGUAUUUCUAACACAAUUUACAAUAUUACUGCUGUGCAGGCUGCUAAGUGUCUCUACACAUAUGAUAGCAUUUACUAGAGAUGCCUCCAGUUUGAUUCUGCUGCCAUAACAGUCCAAUUACCUCUACUGUAUUGUUAUAAUGGGACUAAAGCUACUGACUCUUUUUCAGGAAAUGCCCUUAAAACAAAUAAAGGCCAUUUUGCCUUGUUCACUACUUACUUGUUCAUAUUUUCUAUUGAGGGGGUCAUCUGUUGUGGGGUUAGAAACUCGACAUGUUAUAUACAAUGUGUGUCCACCAUGUAUUUUUACCAAAAAGCCGUUAUCGUCUUUAGACCACCACAAAUCUAGUCAUUCCAUACAUGGACUCUCCUUGUAGCUCAAAGCAUUAAAGGAGUAGUCCAGAAUUAAUACCAAUGGCCUGUCCACAGGAUAGGCCAUGAAUAUCUUAUUGGGGGGGGGAACUAAACAGAUCUGUCCAUUGUGCAGUGGAUGGAGCUGGUAACUGCAGUGGUGCAGUCAUUGAGAUGAAUGGAAACCGCAUUGUAGUUACCAGCUCCGUCCACUGCACAGAAGACAGAGCUGUAUAAUUCCAGCACCAAAGCUACCCUGAAACUGCUAAUCGGCAGGGGUGUUGGACUCCACCAUUCAGAUAUUGAUGGUGUCUUUUUUUUUUUUUUUUUUUUUUUUACAGCCAAAACCCCUCCAAAACUGUAUAAACAAAAAUGCCUUUAAAGAGACAUUUUCAUAAAAAAUGAUCAUUUAUAUAUAAAUAUUAACAACAACAACAAAAAACAUGGUUUUCUGUCUUUUUUUUUUUUCUUGCUCUUUUAGCACAAUAGAUGGUCCCACUUAAUUCUGUUGCGCCAUCACUAACUAGAGAGGGAAGUUGGAUGAGUGACUAAUAAGUGCAAUCCUCUUCUUGGGGCAUCUUUAUCUAGGCCUACCAUUAGAACAAUGGAUUUCUUCAUCUAGAAAUUCUUCACCUACUAUUAUCAUGCCAAUCAGAUCUUUUCCGCUCCUAGCAGCAGCAUUAAACUGACAAUAGAUUAUCCAUCUAGUUAGAAGGGCUUAUCAUUUAAAAUUCUUAAAAAAAAAAAAUAAUGUUUCUAUGAAUAUUGAGUUUAAAAACAUUCCCUUGCUGAUGGAAGUGUCUCUAUUUUAAGUAUCAUUUGGCCGCAGCAUUUUUGACCACAAAAGAAGCUGUUUAAAACAUGCAACGAAAACUCUGCAAAAAGUUAUGUGAAUCCCGCCUAAAGGGCCACAGAUGCUGAUUGAUAUGCAUGAACAUUGUGGAAUUAUUUUAGUAGGCAUUCAUGGCCUUGUGGUUACCAUGUAGAUAACUGCUGAUCGCAGGGCUUCCCAGAUGCAGGACUCCUGUGAUCAGCAUGUCUUGUGAGGGAGGGACUGCAGAAGGAUGUGCUGGGAACCGCAGUUUAAAUGCCAUUGUUAUAUUUUUGUGAUUUUAUACCAACAUUAAAGGGGUUUUGCAUCACACACAAUGGAAGCAUAUCGCUAGAAUAUGCCCCCAUUGUCUAAUAGGUGGGGGUCCCACCUCUGUGACCCGCACCGACACAGAUAAUGGAGCGGGGAAAGUAGUGGAGCGCUGGCUCGGCUAAUUCCGUCGGCCCCAUAGAAACAAAUGGAAGCUGAGCCACGCAUGCGCGAUGCGCUCCCAUUCACUAUUAGGAGAGCAGCGCUUGGUGGUGGAUGGACACUAGGAAACCCGGGGUCCUCCAGCCACAACUCUCCCCGCUCUUUUCUCAUUGUAGGUACGGGCUCCACAGGUGGGACCUGCACCUAUCCCGCAAUGGGGGCAUAUCCUAGCGAUAUGCCCCCAUUGUCUGUGAUGGGAAUACCCCUUUAAGGACUAGAGUACAAAUCCGUCUGGGCAAGCACUGGUUUGAUGUGUUUCUUACAAAUAUUCAUAAUUUUCUUCUCUUGUGUGUUUUUAAGUUUAUUAAAGUGAUGCAGUUUAAAAAAAUCUUUUUAAAAUACAAGAUUUAAAUAUCUCCUUUUUUCUGUGCUGAAGCUCAGCAUGGAUAUAUUUGAUAUUUCUUACAGUGACUUGGAGGAUUAAGGCCUCAUUCACAUGAGUUUUUGUAUGCUGAUUCCACACCAGACUCAGUCUCCCAUUGCUUCCAAUGGAAGGCAAUGACCGACAUACCUAAAAAGCCCACAUACUAUAAUAUAUCUAUAGUAAAAUAAAAAAAAAUACUUGAUAAUAACAAGUAAACCAAUGCCAUGCAGAUACAUUUGCUCCUCUGUUUUAAGUAGGAUUGAAUAUAUUACUUGUGGUGGUUGCCAAUUCUAUGAUAGUCUCUGUAUGGCCAAUGACAAGAAGCCAGCAUGAAUGUGUUUUGGGUGAUUUGUUACUUGAAUGCGCAACUUUCAUGUCCACGUUUGUGCUAUACAUGGUUGUUUAUAAUAUAUAUUUGUGAACUGUUAUUGUUCUGUAAAGUUAAAGGGAACCUGUCACCGGGAUUUUGUGUAUAGAGUUGGAGA